GAACAGCGCCUUCACGUUCCGCACGAGGAGCAUUUGAGGAAACCAACCGCUCCGAAAUUUUGGAUUUAUCCCUCAAGAAUAAAAAACAAACAUAUCUAAACAUUUGAAUGAAUAGUGUUGCUCAUAACUGAGUAAAUUCACAUUUUUAUAUGGCUACUAUCGAGGAGAUUGACAUCCUGGACAGCGGAAUGGGAAGCAGUGAUAUUCGCUCGCCAGAAGUUAAGUCCAUUCUCCCCGGGGAUGAAGAGGAUGAGGAGGAUGAGAGUCUGGUGGAGAGGCUCAUAGGGCUGACAGAGAUGUUCCCAGAAGAAGUUCGCAAUUUUGGGUACAAUGUUGGAACCGGUGUGAAAUCAUGUAUCAAAGGUCUUUACGGGGUCUCCUGUUCAGCCACUUGGAUUUUCUUCAGUUCAUCUGCAAUUCUCUUCGCCCCUGUGAUUUUUGAGGUUGAACGAGCUCAGAUGGAAGAGGCUCAACGCUCCCAACAAAAACAAGUUCUCCUAGGACCUAACACUGCCAUGUCUAACAUGGGCGGCCCUGGAAUGCCAAUGGCUCCUCCAGUCCAGCGAUAAAAGUCUUAAAAACCCACGUCAGUACCUACCGAGGCAUUUACCAAACUGCGAAAUUUAUUCAAGUACCAUCUAAGUUUUGAGCGAAUUGAAUUAAUGUGACAAGUGUAACUAUAAUUAACUAAUCAAUUGACAUGAUGAAACAAAUUCUUAACAGUUCUGAAUACUUUCUCAACCAGUCUGACAUUCAUAUGCAAAUUUUAGGGCAUUUUGUUUCUUCUCUUUUCUUUUUCUAUUUAAUAUAAAAUAAUAGCUACUGAUGAAAUUCUUCUUGCAAUGAAAUUCAGAAAUUAUGAAUAUAA